AUGAUGGAUCGCAAGACUUUGGCAUCUUGUUUCAGCGACACAGCUUCCCUGAAGACCAAGAACACCUUCCUGGACUGUCAGUCGCCGUGGAUCGACUACGUGAAGGUGGACGAGCGCCCGAAAUCGGACCCCACGUCCGACUUCUCGUCCUGCUCGGUGUCCGAGCACUCCCAGAGCAGCGCGGGCCCUGGAGGCUUCGAGAUGCUGAGGCUGAGCAAGAGGGACCGUAAUGUGACGGAGAGCUCGAGCCGGUCAGAUCAGAGCAGCAGCACCGGGAACAGGCUCGUGCGGCGCAGCCAGGGCCCGCAGCCGCCGAGCGAGGGCGGGGGGCCCGACAGCUCGGAGGGCGACUCCCAGGCUCGGCGGCCACAAAGACGCAGCGGCGCCGCCUGCAGCGGAAGUCCGUGA